AAAUUGUGAAAAGUAGUCGAACCUUGUGAUGUCUCUGAGUAGUUUGGUUGCUGAUACUCUGUCCAAGCACUUGGAUAAGUUUUUCCAAGAUAUCAAUCGUGACCAGCUACACUUCCACUUAUGGCGUGGUAAAGUGAGUUUAUCCCACGUAAAGUUGAAGACUUCUCUAUGGAAUAGUCUUGUUAGUCCACUUGGUUUUGUGUUACAACAAGGAAUGGUCGACUCUUUGGAACUCUCGUUAUUUCAGUCACAAACUUCGAUAACUCUGAAAGGUCUGCAUCUCAAGUUCCAACAGGCACCGUUACAAGACCAGAAAAGUUCAUGGUCUGAAACUAUAUACAAUGAAAGUGUAUUUAUAUUUUCAGGAUUGGAAUGGAACAAAACUUUAUCCUUGUGGAAGACAGAGCUUGGCUCCUUUCUAGCAGCCUUGGUGUCGUUGACUGUAGAGGACAUUAGAGUAGAGUUGGAAUAUUCACAUUGUGGACACUAUAACCAGUUGAGAUUGUUUAUAGAUAAGUUGCAGAUUUUGGAAAGGGAAGCUGAUUCUAUUCCUUUGGAGCAUAGUGCUGAAGUAGACAUCGAUCUUGGCCUUGAGGUUUCGAAGCUGGUCUUAUUACAACAAUUUGAGUUAUAUCACUUACAACUUGAGCAUAAUAUUAGUAAUAUUAUUUGUUCACUUGCUUCAUGUCGCUUAGAGUUGGAUGCGAUGAUACAAGUCCAAGAAUUUUCCAUGUCUUGUUCCAUUGUUUGUUCAUCACCUUUGCAGUUUUAUUUGGAUUGGAAUGUUAUCGAAAGUUUAUGGAAUCUUCUUGAGGCGUGUCAAUAUUAUCAAAGAGCUAUGGAUAAGUGUCAAGCCAAACAUUUCAUUCUUUAUGCUGAGAAAGAUACGAUGGAAAGGUCUUCAGCAAUGGUUGCCAAGUGGAAAUGGAUUACUCAUUUUAUGAUUUUGUAUUACGUGCGUCCAAUGAGGAAAUAUUAUCGUAUAUUUCGUGCUUGUUGUUUUCGUUGGUUGAGAUUGAAUAUAUUACAAGAUGAGGUUGAAUAUUAUCGAUUGAGUUCCUCACAGAUUUUUUUCUUACAGAGAAUGGAGAGACGAUAUCCUAAACAAUGUAUGUCUUAUUUACGACAUUUGAGAGAAUUGGCAGUUUCCAAUGAACAAGAUUGUCGUCGUGUAUUUUCCUUAUUGGAUGAAGAGUAUUUGAAAGGAUUGUUUAGUCUUAGUUGCUUCUUUCGAAGUAGCUCUUGGCAUCCUUUAAUGUCAAAACCAACUCUAGCUAUGAUAUGUCGUUUGGAAGAAGGAGUUGAUGUUCAUUUCAAAGAUAAGAUUCUAGAAUUGGAUUUGCAUUUGAGUAAUUGUUAUUUGGAGUGGCUAAGUAAUGAGAGAGAACAAAAGUGGAUAGCGAAUAGUCGUUCUGUUUGUCUUUCUGUAUUUUUGGAUCAUUCAUUCUCCUCACCAAGAAAAGGUCAAAGUGUUUGGAAUCUAAUAGAUUCUAGUGACACUUUUUCUAGUUGGAUACAAUUGGAAUAUAGAUUGGAACAUCAAGAACCUUUUUAUGGCUAUUUCAUGUUAGAACUUUGUGGUAUACGAGUUCGUUUGAAUCCUGCUGUGUUUCGGAAAGAGGAGAGCAAAGAAGAUUCUGUUAUCUUUUUGAUCCGGAAAAUGAAGAGGAUGGAUCCUUUUAACCAACUUAUUUGGAAUGCUUUAUCUUGCUAUCAACCUCGUUCAUCCUUGGACUGGUUUAUGGAGAGAGGUGCUAUUCUGAUCCAGUUCCGUUGUUGGGAUAUUAUAUGUAUGAGUUCUUACAAAGGAGAUUCGAUGGAAGCUUUAAGUAUGUCUUGGAACACUUUAGAGUUGCAAAGACUGGGUUUCUCUAUCCAUGAAGAAGAGAAUUUGUCGAGUUUUGGUGGAAUUCAAUCUACUGUAGAUGCUCUUUGUAUUGUUCACCUUUGGGAAUCACAUGGAAAUAGCGAAAGUCAAUCCAUGUCAAGAACUUUAGUGCGUUUUGAUUGUCCUAUUGAAUUGAUUUGGUCAAGAGAUGAGAAAGAGAACUUGGAAACUUUUCAGUGUGUCAUUGAUCAAUGGCAAGUUUCUAUGGUGUCGGAAGAUUGGUUAUUAUUAUGGCACUGUUUGCAACAAGAUUAUGAAAUAUUCUAUUUACCAUUGGAUAUAAUCGAACCCGAUCAUUUGCCUUGUUGAACCUUCGACAUGGAAACAACGCAGAUAUCUGAGUACC